UGAAUCUGAACAAGCAGAAAUUCUAGCCAAAUCAGAUAAAGUGGUUUCAACAACUAAUAAUUCUUUUCAAGAAAGUAUCGAUGAUAAUUCUGCUACUGAAUCAGAAGUUUCUUCAGUUGCCAGCUCUCUUCAGUCAGAUAAGUUUCGAAGCAAAAAAAAUAAAAUGGAUCGAUAUUUAUUGCGGCCUUUAAGUGAAGAUCAACAGAAACAUUUCAAACAACUUCUACUUAAAGCAACUGUUUUAUGUGGUUUGGCUUUUUUUUGGGUAGAAAACCCAGAAAUAAAAGCGCUUUUUGAGUUUCUCUAUCCACCAGUUAAACUGCCCUCACGAAAAAAGCUUUGUGGCCAAAUUUUAGCAGAAUAUGCACAAAAUAUAACUAAAUCAAUUAAAGAAAUAGCUCAAAGUGAUAAAAAUGGUGUUACAUUAACAUAUGAUGGUUGGAAAAAUAUAAAAAAAGAGUCAAUUUUCGGAAGUGUUUUAAUUAUUUCGAAGGGUAAAAUUCUUGUUUGGAGUGCAGAAGAUAUAUCAAAUGAACGUACAAAAUGGCCUGAUGUACAACGUCGAACAGAAAAUAUGCUUGAUGAUCUAAAAAAAAAAGAAAUAAAAGUUAUUGCUGUUGUAACAGAUUGCGCAUCUGAAUAUGAAGCAGCCAG